UUUGGAGUCGAGACCCAGUACGCUCUUACAGAGACCCCCUCUUAGUUAUUUAGACUUUCUUCUUGGAAAUGAAGCGGAAGUGAGGCUGGAGUCACGCCAAGAACGGCAUUUGUAAAGAAACUCCUUAAACUUAACAUCAGAGUUGUCACACGAAAGAUAUUUUUAAAGGAAGUUUACAAUUUUUCAAAAUUUCAGCGAGGUCGUCGUCAACAAGCAGACAAUUAAGAGUUAUCAAAUGGCAUCAAUUGUCUCCGUGCGUAUUAUUCAUCUUAGGAAGUCAAGAUGAUCAGCCUGACCAUCCCUUGCAUUGUAUUCAUUGCUGUCACGUUACCCUUGGCUCAAGGGCAGUUCCCUAGAGUUUGUAUCACCUUAGACAGCUUGAGAAGCAAAGAGUGUUGUCCAAUCCCUAAGGGCUUCAAUGCGCCAUGUGGAAGUGAUGGAAACAGAGGAACGUGCCAUGAACUGAUCAUUCGUGAGUGGAAUUUAACGUACAGCCAUUACCAUCCAUUCCAUGACAAGGAAGAACGUCGUGACUGGCCACACGAUCUUUACCACAAAACCUGUAAAUGCCAGUUAAACUUCGCUGGUUACGACUGCAGCAAGUGCGAGUUUGGUUAUUAUGGUAAAAACUGCACCCAGAAGCGAACCCUGACACGCAAAAAUUUUGUCAAGCUGUCAGCUGAGGAGAAAGAUCGAUACAUGAGGUACGUUAACAUGUCUAGGCACUUUAAUAGUGAUUAUGUGGUGACGUCAACUCCCUAUGAAGAAAUCAAAAGAACCGUCCAAGCUGGUGGCGACCCCGUGGCCUUGUUUCACAACAUAAGCAAUUUUGAUCUGUUUGUGUGGAUGCACUACUACGCUGCACGCGACACCAUUCUUCCUAAUAACACCACAGAGGCAGCCAUAGACUUUGCGCAUGACGGGCAGGGAUUUCCCACCUGGCAUCGGCUGCUCUUGCUGGCCUGGGAGAAAACCAUACAGGAACUUACCGGUGAUGACAACUUUGCCCAGCCAUACUGGGACUGGACCGCAAAUAAAGAAUGUGAACCCGCGAUUUGCUCGGAAGAACUUCUCGGCGUGACGAAGCAAGACGACGGCGUGGUGAAGGGCAAAUGGUACGUGAUUUGUACUAAAGAACAAACCAAUGAUCUGACCAUAAUGUGUAACCCUAAAGAUAAAAAACGCGGAUUGCUACGUUCCACAAUUAAGGAAAGAGAUAAAAAAGUGAAGACUUAUGGAUACACGAUGACCUUUCCAACCAAAAGUGAAGUCGAUUUUGCGCUACGGUUUGAAAUGUUCGACCUUCCACCGUACAGCAAAGAAUCAAGCUGCAAUUUCAAGAACAUCCUUGAGGGCUAUGUCAAUACCAAGACUGGAUAUCGUCUGCCCAACUCCCAUACCAUGCACAACCAGGUCCAUUUAGCCAUAGGAGGUAUGAUGGGAGAUGUACCUUCAGCGUCUAACGAUCCAAUAUUCCCUCUACAUCACUCUUUUGUGGAUCAAAUCUUCGAAAAGUGGCUCCGUAAGUACAACAAAGAUGCUUCUGUUCUUUCCCUCUACGAUGCACCCAUUGGCCAUAACAAGGAUGACGUCAUUGUACCACUAUUCCCCGUGUAUACUCACCAACAGAUGUUCAAGAAGUCCUUUGAUUUCGGUUAUGAUUACGAAGGCAUCGACAAAAAUGGGAAAUCUCCUGAAGAUGUGGGUCCAGUGCACCCAUUAUCGUUGGGAGAGUGCCCAGUUCCUUGCCUAAAAGAAGGGUCUGCAGGAAUGCAAAUAUGUUGGUGGUUGAUGGCAUGGAUGCUAGUAUGCGAGUUCAUAAUGGCGGAUUGAAGAUUGAGAGUAGAGUAUACAGUGAAGUAUACAGUAGAGUAUACAGUAGAGUAUACAGAGAAAAUGAGAGAAAAAUAUAAAAUAUUUGAUAUUUUUCUCUCAUUCUCUCUAUUUCAUUACACACACCGAACGCAUAAUUUAUGAAUACUAUACUAUGUCUGUUCUUUGUGUACAUAUUUACGGUCUUUAACUUACCUAUAGAGAAAAUAUAUCGCUCUGGGAUCCUCACCUUACAUUUCAUAUUCCGGCUGCGUUACCAGCGUGUGGUUGGUCCUUAUAGUGUAGUGGUUAACACAUCGGACUAGAAUACCGAAGACAUGGGUUCGAUUCCCGCCAAGGGCAUUUGAUAUUUUUCUCUCAUUCUAUCUAUUUCAUUGCACACACUGAACGCGUAUUUCAUUACUACUAUACUAUGUGUAUUCUCACUGAAUAAUUUAUCACCAAGCAGAAUAAAUUAAGUCGACACGUACACAUGGCUUAUUGCAUAACGUCGUUUGGAGUUUCGGAAAAGAAUUUUGCCCCACCAACCCACCCCUAAGCCUGGUGGCGGGGGAGUUCUCGUUUUCCAUAUUCUCGCUGUUUGCCUCRUCAUCGUCGCGGAUCUCGCCCCAUAACUUAAUCAUACUGCGACGUGAUAAUGGCUUCAAUGAGAAUAAAUUAUUAUUUAAGUAGAUGUUUCUCGUUGGACGUAAUGCACCAAUGCCUUUUAUGUUUUGGCUACUAAUUAGUAUUCAAGAUGAAUAGUCAAGUUUAAAGUUUAUUUCCUCGGUAAUCAUAGUAUCACAAAGUAAUACCAUGAAUUCUUCGGGAUAUUAGGGAUCGGCCCCGGGUCUUUCCACUAUUAAACUUCCCGAGGCUUCGGGGACAUAUUUAAUCCCUUAAAUGUGAGUUGUAUUUGUAAAAUCAUGGUCAGUUUUCAUGCAUUUAGCUCGUUAAAAAAUGUUCUUAUUUUGUAAACUGACUUCUCUAUAUUUUUCAAUUGCUAUAGGUAUUACUUAAUAUAAGUACAUGCUACAAUAGACCCCCGCUCUAAGGACACCGGCUUAAUAAGGACACCUCGUUAUUAAGGACAGGUUUCAAAGGCCAAACGAAAGCUCCAUACAUUUUCUGUUAAAUUAAACCGCUUUAUAAGGACACCCGUUGAUAAGUACAAAGGACACAUAGGACCUGAAUGACAGCUUCCACACAUAUAACCAACCCCCGCAUUAAGGACACUUGAAAUUUGAAGACGUCUUUAAUGUGUUUGUUUAUUGAUGUUAUGAGCUUAUACGGAUUAUAUUGUCAGUUUUUGCGUAUCAACGGCCCACACACUGAUCAUUGCAGUAAAGUUAUUAACAACCUUAGCAGGAUUUUAAGCGAUGUUCAAUUAGUUUGGUUCAAUCGCAGUAUUUUGAACUCUGUUCAAACAAAACUCACAGAUUUCUUUAAAUGAAAUUAUACAGCACUGUACAGUAUGGUACAGAAAAGAUGUCGUGCUUGUAUAGUAAUGUACGUUUUGCUUCAGUUUUGGCUGUCGUACAGUGAACUAUUGUAGCUGCAAGUGUGCAGUGUGAGUAAAAAGAAAACAGUCAACAAACAAAGCUCACAGACGUCUUUAAAUGAAAUUGUACAAUACAGUGCAGUAAAUGCAAAUGUAGUUCUUGCACAGUAAUGCACUUUUUGUUCUAGUUUAGGCUGUUAUAUUGAAUAUUGUAGUUCAAGGUUUACAGUGCAGUAAAAAUAAAUGGUUAACUAAUGUG